AUGCCUAGUUCCAACUCCAUCAGUUUCACUCAUCAACUAGCCAGAUUCGAUGAGUUUAUACCCCGGUAUUAUACUGAAGUCGUCUGCGCUAACGCUUCUCUGGUUGAUGGCCGGCAGCAUAAUCCAUUUCGAUAUCAUAUCGUUCCAAUGGCAUCGCAUUCCAGUACUGUGUUCUCUGCUAUGUUAGCAGUAAGUGCCGUCAAGAUGGCGACAAAAGAUCCUAAAUUUCAUCGUAGAGCUUUGGUGCAUCGACACCGGGUGCUGGUGGACGUUAAACGUCUUCUGGAAAGCGACCAUAUCGAUACAGCUAAAUGUCUCGAGGCCCUCGUAUCAGUUGUUAUGCUAUGUUGGUAUGAUAUUAGCGACAAUUGCAAAUCAACUUGGAUAAGUCACCUUGUAGGCAUAUUCGGGCUGUUGGAUGUCUGUCUGGAAAAGAAUAUCCGUUCCGCCGAUUACGAAGGAAUACUGCACUUCAGCCAACAAUACCUAAUGUAUCAUCUAAUUAUGGCCAAAAGCACUCUCCACGUUGAUGAUGUGAUACCAUCAUAUAAACAUAUCCUAUCGAAGCUCCUAGGAAGUCCGGCAACCACGCACAAGGGGCGCCACAAUACAAACUACGCGGGCUUGGAAGGGCCCUAUAACGCAGCGUCACGAACCAUGUCGUCCGGUUAUGGAAAUGGAGAUUCCACAGCACAGUUAGGUUUCCGCCUCGUAGGCCCUAGCUUUAACGAUGAGCUGGACAAAAUUGAUACCCAUCAAGGGUUUAGUAACCGCCUGCUUCUUAUUAUUAAUGACAUAUGCGACCUGCGUGAUGCUCAGAACUCCGAUGAGUCAAACCACCAAGAUGCCGAUACGGAAGCAUUAGAACGUAGGGUGGUUGAGAUUCAGUUCAAGCUUGAUACCCUUACACAGGUACCGCCGGAAAACAUCCAAGUUUUGGAGGCUGGGACGAAUCGUGAUGUUCAGCUCGAGCCUGAAGAACUCCGGCGCAAGUUAGAGUUUAUUACGAUGACAGCAGAUUCGAACAGGUUGGCUGCACUUCUUUUUCUCGACGAAACAUGCGCCACCCAUCUCCCUCAUAUUGUCCCGCAAUGCCGAAAGAACCGCUCUGCCAUCAUCCAGAAAACCCUCUCCCAUGUCAAACUCAUCUGUGAGACGGGACCUAUCACUGCCGCCCUUCCUAUUUGGCCAGUAUUUGUGGCCGGAUGCAUGGCCUCUACUGAUGAUGACCGCCUGCAAGUGAUGGAGAUAUUUGACAUGUUUCUGAGUCAGAAGAAAUUCGGGAGCCUGCCACCAGCGCUUACUGUCAUCAAGAUGGUCUGGCGCCAACGUGAUUUAGGAUCCGACGAAAACCCGCGAAAAAUACUUCUCGCAUCGUCUAGUGAUUCUGCUGGGAGUUGCGAUGGUAAGGGUGGUGGUCCCACAUCGUCUACGAGUCGUAGGCAGCGAACACGAUAUCCUUGGGAACGUGCGAUUUCAAUGCUGGGGGGCUCAUCCUUACUGAGCCUUACAUAG